AUGUCUAACAUUCGACUCCCAUCUGAAGUCCAAUCUGCGCUGCGGGGGUCGAGCCAGUCCGUUAAAAGGGCCGCUUCCCGCGCUCUAGCAAAAGAAUCAACAUGGGAGGAUGCACAGGAGCUGUACGGGAGGGUGAAGUUUACCGAGUUGUCUUGGACACGCCUGCUACCGCUCACGCUCAGGUUGCUAGAUGAAGCAAGGCUCCCUGCAGAGAACAAGUCAGAGGAACAGAUCAAGGCUUGCACGGAAAUAGCUUGGUGGAUUGUAUCCGCAUUGGCAAACAUGGACUUGACAGUGGUUUCGACGCCGUGGCAGGGAACGAUAUGGCCGAAACUUUUCCCUUGGCUAGUGAUGCUCUCCGAUACCAACGCAGAGGCAAUAAUGGGAACGGAAGCUACGGAGGCGUCUAUCGCUUGCCUCGCCGCAAUGUGUCAUUUCGCGGUCACGGAUGCGGCCAGCGCUUCAGCAAUCGCAACGCCCGGCUGUCUGCGGUUAAUCGUUGCGAGCUGGAAAAGAUGCUGUUUACCCAAGAAUCGGGAGAAGCAAAUAACCGGCUAUGCACUCGGAACUGUGUAUCAUUUGCUUAUGAAGGCAGACACUGCCCCGACCAGCGAAAUUAUCGAGGCUUGCGGACUAAGAGCGAAUGAUAUCGCGCAGAUGACGAGUCACACGUUAGAGACAGCGCGCAGGAACUGGGGCGGAAACAUCGUACCCUUCUUCAUCCUAGCGACGACGACAUUCUGGAUUGCAUGUGACAGGUCGCUCGACUCAAUCGACCUGAGACGAGCGUGGGUCAAACGAGGGACGUUGUCGGAGACAUGUCGAGUGCUGGACCACAUCGUGAACUCGAAUUACAACUCGCAAGUUGGGUUAGCGUUGGUCAAACUGAUUCAUCGAAUGACUUGGAAAACGGGUGCGGGUGCAUGGGCCAUCGCUAUUGAGGGAGGCAUUAUUGAAAGCACCGCCAUGUUGUUGGACCGGAGUAACGACAGAGAGCGUAAGAAGACUCUCGAGCUAGCGCGGGCAAUAUUGUUCGGCGGGGUAGGGAUGGUACUGUGGGACACGAGAGUGGUUGAUGCGUUGAGGAACAGAAUGACUUCUUUCAGGAAGGCGACAAUGCUUCCGGUUUUCGCUGUCACAGAAUCUACUUGCCAAUGGCAGGCGUUGUGGGAAGAGUUCGCGGGUCGCACGGUCCGUUACCAUUUGUUGAUGGGCGAGGAGCGGCGAAGGAUGUGUGCAAAGUGCGGUAUCAUAGUGGAAGGCAGUGGACUGAAACGGUGUGGGGGAUGUAUAUGCACCUACUAUUGCGACAAGGCGUGUCAACGCAAUGAUUGGAAACGACACAAAGAAGAGUGCGCGGCAAGAGCACAAAACAGAGCAUACGCUCAGGACAUGGGUCUGAACUCCGAAUCAAGGGAAUUCAUUCGACGUGUCAUGGCAUUUGAUCUUCGUGCGAUACCAGACAAAGUUAGGUCAGAUGUCAUACGACAAGCGCGAGGAGAGGAUGUGGUACUGGUCCACGACUACCGGAGCAGCAUUAUCAUAAUCGACGUAGCCGACACCGACUCGUGUAUGAGGGAGGGCCUCUUUGAAAGUGCAGGGGGGCAGACCCGCAAAUGCGGAAGUACAGCAGAGGGCGAUUGCGUGUGGAUGGUCCCCAGAUAUAGCACACAAGAGAUGAAUCUCAACUGGUGGAGGACAUUGGACGACGAGAAGGUCGAGACAAUUUUUCAUUAG